AAGGUCUGGUCUGUGGCUGAUAAGAAAAGUCCAAAUAGAACAGUGGAAUUAUUAUUAUCAUUUGGUGUACAACAACUAUAUUUGUUACUAUUUCUUCUUCACUUCUGCAUUAAGAAAACAACAGAUCCCUUCUCCCUCUCUAAAUUCUCCAUUUUUCUUCCUCAUUUUUUUUUACAAAUUUUAUUCAUGGCAUCCACUGGGCACACCAAUCUCAAUGCAAAACUUGUAUUGUUAGGUGACAUGGGAGCUGGUAAAUCAAGCUUGGUUAUACGAUUCAUAAAGGGCCAAUUCCUUGAAUUUCAAGAAUCAACGAUUGGGGCGGCUUUCUUUUCGUCUACACUGGCAGUUAAUAAUGCUACGGUGAAGUUUGAGAUAUGGGAUACUGCUGGGCAGGAGAGGUACCAUAGCUUAGCACCUAUGUAUUAUAGAGGAGCUGCAGCUGCUAUAAUUGUCUAUGAUAUCACUAGCUCGGAUUCAUUUGCAAAGGCAAAGAAAUGGGUGCAAGAAUUGCAGAAGCAAGGUAAUUCUAACAUGAUCAUGGCUCUUGCUGGCAAUAAGGCAGAUCUAGAAGAUCGAAGGAACGUUCCUGCAGAAGAGGCACGCUUGUACGCGGAGGAAAAUGGCCUCUUUUUCAUGGAGACCUCUGCCAAAACUGCUGUGAAUGUCAAUGAUAUUUUCUAUGAAAUAGCUAAACGGUUGCCUACAGCUCAACCCACUCAAAAUCCAGCAGGAAUGGUUCUUGAAAACAGACCAGCAGAAGGAUCUCGAACUGCAUCAUGUUGUACUUGAAAAUCAUCAUCUCUCAUAAAUUCAUUGAACCUUUCCUAAUCCUUGUCUAGAGUUCACUUGUUCUUUCAUGCUGUGCUUGUACCGAUGAACAUGAAGUCUGGAAAGUGGGAGUGGCAUGGUUCAUAGGGAGUAGAAUAUGUAAAAAAAAAACGAUUUCUUUAGAAGUUCCCUUUAUAGAGGCAGGAGGCACCUGAUUUAGUGCACAUUGGCUUGGUCCUCACCUCAUGCUUCUUGUUUCUUUCUUUUCCUAUUUUGUAAAUGAUUCUAAUUUCCAUCAACCUUUACCUCUACAUUUCCA